GUAGAACGGAGGGGUUUCAAAAGGGUAGAGAGAACUUUGCGGUGAUUAUCGUUUUGACGAAUUAUGGCUGAAAACAGGACGGUGCUCUUGGCAUUGGAUGGCAGCUCGAACGCUGAAUAUGCAUUAAACUGGUAUCUGGAGAGAUGUCGACGUCCUGAGGAUACAGUUGUUGGUUAUACUGCCUGGCAACAUGCCCAUCUUCCCACAUUCAGUCUUAAAGCCCCUUUCCAGCCUCCUACAGAAGAAUGGGAGAAAAUUAUGAGAGAAACCCGGGAACGAGUGGAGAAAAUUCAAAAUGACUUUACUUCAGUAUGCCAGGGACAAAAGAUCAAGUACAAGUUUCUGGAAGAGUGUUGCAGCAAGCCAGGAGAGGGAAUCGUCAGUUGUGCCGAAAAGGAGCAUGCUGAUAUCAUAGUGAUAGGCACAAGAGGAUUGAGUAGCCUUCGUCGCACUGUACUAGGCAGUGUUAGUGACUAUGUCCUGCAUCAUUCUCACAAACCUGUGGCUGUAGUGCCAACACCAGAGGAGUCUUCCUAAGCCAGUCAUGAAGUUCAAUUGAGGCAACUUUGCAGAGCAGUAUUUUAGUUUACAAUUACAUUAGGUAAAUUCGGGUGUAACACGAUUCAAGCUGUGAUAGUUCAAAGUCAGUGUAUGAAACAUGCACUUUUUAAAGAUUUAAUGGGGGUUUAGAACCUAAAGUUUGAUAGCAAUGGUGACAGGAAAAUGAUAACGAUGAUGAUACUACUGUAAUUGGGAAGACUUAUUAUUAAAACAUUUAGUUUCUUAAACUAAAGGGGGAGAGAAAUGCAGCUGAAAUUUGGGAAACUAAUUAAGAAUUAGUUUUGCUAUAGGAAAUGGAAAUUAUGGCUGACUAAAACAAAUUUGAUGGUGACAACUGUUGUUAAUUGAAAUGUAGCUUUAAUUAGGUAGGCAAGUUUAAUAGUAGUGAACUGCACUGCAGGAGGUUUUUCCUCUUCUGAAAUGCUGCACUUGUAAGCUAAAAUUGACUUUGCAACUGAGCCCACUUGAGACGUGCUGCUGACUGACAGACUUUGUAUUAAUUACAAGACUUCAGACGUUUUUUGUCAGAUUUUACAUCAUUUUUUGAAGGUUAUUAAAAAUCUUUUCUUCUCAA